GUCUCAGUCCACGAUUGAGGACUUGUCGACAUGGCGGAAGAACAGCUGUAUGAGGUAUUAUUAAAAUUCGAUUUAAUGAACAUUUUCUUGUAUUAUUGGAUUCUGGGGAUUUAUUUAAAUCUUGAUACAUGCUAUUAUGUUUUUAAGCGUUAUGAAUUUUAAACAGCAGCAGUUAUGGACCCUAAUUCAUCGUCUACGAGCAAUGAGCUGAUCGGACGAAGGAGUGAAAAAAAAGUCGAUUUCGGGUUAACCAAUCGUUGUAGUGGGAAAUAAAGCUUGCAUAAUGAUAUGCCCAUGAGGUGAAGGCUUGUGAGCUACUUGUUAUGGGGGAAAUACAAUUUGACUAAAUGCCACGUGCGCUUUAUUUUCUAAAGAAGAAAAAAGACCACCACCCAUUUUGCCCUACUAAAUUUCUUAGUAAUCUUAGACUUAACAAAAUUAUUUAUAAAUCAUACCUGUUUCCCAUUUACUUCACCCCCCCUCCCCCAUUCAGGUCUUAUACUUAUUGUUGUUUAAAUUAAUUAAAAGAAACUAGAAAUCUAUUGUUGCGGCUACGGUAACCUCAUUAAAUGAAAUUGAAGUUGAUAAAUCACUGUGAAUCAGUGUGAAUGAAAUGUGAACUCAAAGCUAAAUUACUUAAUUUUAAUAAAGCUGAAAUAGUCUUUAGUCUUUAGUCUUUAGUAUUAUAAUUAUUGACUAUUGAUUUUUUUUUUGUAUUUAUUUAUAUUAGACUAACUAGUAACAUAUUAUUAUUCAGCUCUUUUUUGUAAAUGAAUAAAAUUAAAAUAAAUAAUUUACUUAGUAAGAAGGCACUUGCAGUUUUGAAGAUAAAAAAAAUCAAUUAGUAAUAGAUUAUUUUUUUUUAACCUUCAAAUCUGUAACUGUAAGAGCCUUUUUAUGUCAUUUAUCAUUUAUGCUAGAGGCUAAUCAGAAAUCAUCUAAUGAAGACCCAUAUCAUAUCAAUGUAUGGUCAUGGUUGUAAUAGUAGGCCUAUCUAUUAAUUUAUGCCAGCUUACUCACUCAAACAUACUGAUCAUACUUUAUCAUUACUAUUAUUCCAUUAAAAUAUGAAAGUAUUAAGCUCUAUGCAAAUUUAAAUAGAAUGAAAUACUGGUAAAUACUUUAAAUUAACCACUCACACAAGUGUCAUAAGACAUAAGGACAAUGCAAGGGCAUACGUUUAUAAUGAGUUCAGUAAUGUAUAGGCCUAUUAUUACUAUAAUAAAAUUGACCCAAAUGAAAUAAUUAAAAUUAGAAUUUAUUAGGCCUAUCGUAAUAUUGUUUGAGUUGAAACAAAAGCUGUUCUCAUAUAUGGAACAAAACUGAAACUUUUCAUAAAAAAUUUAGACUUACAAUAGAUAGACUAAAAAUUAGUAGGUCUGAUCAAGUAGCUUGUUGUAUUUUGUCACUAUGCUCAUAUGUUCUCAUUGACCUAUUUGAAAUAAAAUUUUCUCAGAUCUUUGACUCGAUCCCACAGGUGGAGCAAAUUUUAGGCAAGAAAGUAUUGAGUAGCAGGCACGUACUAUAUCUUGUACGUUGGAGAGGAUUUUCUUCUGACCAUGAUUCAUGGGAACCAUUUGGCAACUUGAAGGCUUGCAAGCCACUUACCAGCAUGUUCAACAGGCAUUUGGAGGAAUUUUUAGGAAAAACUCCAAUGCAAUGUGGUACUCAAGUUAUGAUGGGAGAGAAUGGCCCAGAAAUAUCAUCUUUAAAACAUACUAAAAAAGGAGAAAAAUUAUUUGCCCUAAAAAAGACAAAUCUUUUAGAAAAUGUUAAAGUUGUUAGUAGUGCAAAGCUGACAUCAGGAGAAACAUUAAUGAAAAAGAAAGUCAAGAAUAUUAAAAGGAAUUCUACAAAUGUGCUGCCCUCUGAAACAAACUUUUCCCCGUCUGAGGGUAAUAUUAAUAAAACUGAAGGUCAAAAUAAAACUUCAUAUUAUUUACAAACUGGCUGCAUAAUUGAACACCUUCAAAAGAAAAAGCUGACUGUUAAAAGAAAGGCAGAAAAUGAAGGCAGCAAUUCCAAAAGCACACCCAAGGCAAAAAGGCCUAAAAAAACAAACAAUGAAGCUGUUUUAACAAAUGUUAAAUUCUCAGUGUUUAAUGCCGUGGGUGUAAAAAAGGCUGAAGGAGAGGUCGAUGAAAAUGAUGAUGACAUUCUUUACUCAUUAAAUCCCAAAUGUGAUAUUUUAGAAGGAGGUGAUAGCAUAAAAAAGAGCAAGAUAAACUCCAAGAAGGUUAUAGGAACAGACAGAAAAGAUUCCAUGAGAACUAAGUCAUCUGUGAUAUAUAGAAAAAAUUCAUCAGGAAUGCAUAGCAGGGAAGGCCUUAAAAAGAAUACCAGUAAAAGAAAAAAAAUCAAUUUGAUCGACUCAAAAAGAAAGUCAAAAUAUUGGCUGUCUAAAUCAGGUGCAUAUUUUAUUAUUCUUUUCUAGUUAUUGGUUUAUUAUUCUCAAUUAUAUUUAACAAAAAAAAUUAAAAAGGCCAUUAGAAGUCCACUUGUUCUUACAAUGCAAUAAGAAGUUUCUAAUCUUUGUUUAAGGGGGAGGUGGGAGUGGGGCUUGUUAGCAGAACUGCUCAGACCCAAGGUUAGUACACAGCAUCCCAAAUGCCAGUCAAACCCAACAUGUGGAAACCAAGCCUCCCCUACUUUGGCUUGUUGCUUUCUGUGACUAUGCAAAAAAUAUUUAGACAUAGAAAGCUGUAUGUGGGCUAAUAUUCCACAAUAUUUCCAGAAUUUUCUGCAAAUGUUUUCUUAUUGUGCUUCCUCUGUACACCCCAGACAAAACAACACAGAUAUUUUAGAAUUGUAAUUCCUCUUAAAAGUGUUUCACUAGUUGUAAUUGGAAACCUGAUCUGUUUAUGAUUACAAUGCAAGAUUCAAAAUGGAUUUUAACAUUAUGUGUUAAGUAUUGCACUCUUAAAGUUUUCUCUAUAUUUCAGAAAUGUAUUUAAUUUGGAAAAGUUACAUAACAAAAUUUGAUUCUCAUUAAAAAGUACAAAACAAAUAAUGCAAGCAGUUUAUAAUUUAUGCUUACAAAUAGGGUGCUUUCUAAUUCCCCAAUUUUGUGAAUUCUAAGCUCUUACAUAAAUUUUGUUCCCUUUGAGCUAAAGUCAUAUCAAGUGAACAUUUAUCUUAAAAGAUAAAAUAAAGCAAAUCCCCUAUUUAUAAAAAUUAUUUCAUUUUCAGGCCUGCUACAGUCUGAAUCAACACCACCACAUUUUACCACAGUAAAGCAUGACACAGGCAGUCCAGCAACACAAGAUCCUUCCAUUCCCUCUGGUGAAUCAUUAUCCGAUCCAGUUUCUCCUGAGGCCUCUGGUUUGUGCAACUAUAAAAUUUCAGAACAAUUGACCUUGAAUGAAUUUGAAACAACUUGUUACUUUAUUCAGCCGUUAGGAAUGAAUUUUCCAGUUUAGUGUUUUUCCUAUAAAACAGGAUUUCCCAACCUUCAAGGGUUGCAGGAUGGCAUUGCAAGGGGUGCGAGGAUAAUUUCAUUCAAAGAAUAGAAGUGACAUAAGCAUUUAGGUUAUGAUAUAAUAAAUAUUUAUAUAUUUGUCAACAUUUCUGGAAAUUUUUUUACUAAAUCGAAUGUUAUUUUCUGAAUUCUACUGUUACGCUUUGCAGUUCAAUAAAUAAAUUAGAAGUUCAUUAUUGGCCAAUGUUAAAAUGCUUUUUUACUUUUAUAAAGAGUGUGAGACUUAGUAAAAUAAUUUAUAGGAGUUGCCUGGUAUAGAAUAGUUUGAGAAACAUUGUCCUUAACAUAACUGAUUAAUUAUCAGUUUCAUGCAUUGAAAAAAAUUUAAGGCGGGCAACGACUGGUUUACUUUUUUUUUUUUUUUGCAAUUUUUUUUAAUCAGUUUUUUUUUAUUUGUUAAAUUAAUAUUCUUUUUUUAGUUUAACAUAACUGAUUAAUUAUCAGUUUCAUGCAUUGAAAAAAAUUUAAGGCGGGCAACGACUGGUUUACUUUUUUUUUUUUUUUGCAAUCUCUGUUAAUCAGAUUUAUUGUAUUUGUUAAAUAAAUAUUCUUUUGUUAGUUUCAAGCUGAAUGGAAGGACUUUUCAAUGCUGGAAACCCAGCCAUUAAUACUACAUCUUAAGACAGAAGAGAUAAUUUGGUUAUAAAAUAGAAAUUAGGCCAAUAUUAGAUAUAGGUGAAUGUGAAUUAGCAAUUGUGCUGCUACUUUUCUGUAAAGAAAGGCUACUAACAUUGCAAAGAUUUAUACAGUAAAUUGUACUUGUUAUCAAAGGGGAUGCGUGAAAUGACAUAUAUUUGAAUUUUUUUGUCUAUUUUUUUAACAGAAACCUACCUAGCAGAUGUUCCGACAUCAUAUCCACUGCCAGCAUUGGAGCCUGUUGUAAAUGAUCAACCUCUUAGCCCAGCUUCCCUUUCAUACAAAUCUCUUCUUGAUUGUCUCCCUGCGCAACUUCAUCCUUCCCAUAAAGGCGAUAAAAAAAAUAAAAGUUUAGCUAGUAGUGGAAGCAGUAGUAGUCUUCUUGGUGCUUCUCUGACCAGCUCAUUGAGUACAGAAACAGUAGAGAGACGUACAAGUGUAAGGUCAACAGAGUGUGCAUUCCGAUACAAGCAGAUUGUAGUAAAGAAAUGUUUUCGUUACACUCAAAUUUGGUUGAACACACAGACUGUGAUGAAAAAUGCUCUAAAUCCUCAGGUAAAGUAUUGUUCAACAUCUUUUUUUUUUGUUGAUAAAACGAACCAUUAUCUUUUAGUGAGUUUUCUUAACUUUCUUGACUGAUGUAUAAAUAAUUUUAGAGUUAGGUAGUUUACUAAAUCAAAAUGCCGUAUCACAAUUUUUUAGUAAAAGAGGAAUUAAUACUUAAAGCCUUAUUCACAAAAGGCUCUAAAUGUGUGGGGAAAAAAUAAAGGAAUAUUGCCUUUUAUUGAUGAGAUAAUGGAUCUUCAGCAGGGAUUAAGUAUUUAUAUCUUGAUAUAAUUUCAUAAUCUGUUUUAUUUUAAGUACCAUAUUUUACGGAUUAUAAGAUGCACUUUUUUUUUUGAAAAAUUAACUCCAAAAUUCAUUUGCGUCUUAUACUUGAAAUUAAUAUAAUGUUAUUUUUUUUAAAAAAUUGCUCAAAAAUUAAGGUGUGUCUUAUUUGUCAGCGUCUUAUAGUCCAUAAAAUACAGUAAUUUAAAUCUACAUAAUUGAAAAUGCUUUCUUUUUAUAGGUAAUACAAGAAGUUGUGUCUGCACUCAAUUCAGCAAAAUAUGAUGAUAGUCACUUAGUCUUGUUCUCUAGCUUAGGAAAUGUGUUCUGUUCUGGAACAGAUCUUCAUUUCCUUGUAUCAGGAGAACGCAAGAUGUCAGCCCGGCAGAUGACUGAUGCCAUACGGUUAGGACAAUAUAAAAUUUAGAUUCCUACAGAUACUUUAAUGUGAAUAAAAUUGCCAGAUGUUAAUUUUUUUAAUGCACCUAUUCAUAAACAAUUUAUUAUUAUUAAAAAAAAGACACAUUCAAAAUAUUUUUAACAUUAUGUUUCAUAUUGUUAUCAGAUUAGUUCAUCAAAUUUAAACUGAUGAGUUCUAAGCAAAAUUUAAUUUUACAAAAAUGUUAAUUUACUUAAAAAUGUGUGUUUAAGUGGCAGGAAAUGGGUAUGCUCACACUCAAAGAUAAUGAUCUAUGACAAUGGGUUACAUUUUUUGUCAUGAUUUUAUUAUAGGGAGCUGACGAAAACAUUUAUCACAUUCCCCAAACCAAUCAUUGCCGCUGUUUCUGGAGCAGUUGUGGGACUUGGUGUAUCAUUACUUGCCCUAUGCGAUGUUGUCUAUGCGAGCGACAAGGCAUCUUUCCACCUUCCUUACUCUCAACUAUCUCAAACGCCUGAAGGAUGUUCAUCAUUCACUCUGCCAUUAACUGUGGGACUUCCUUCAGUAAGUAUUGUAGUAAUUUGACUGCUUUUGUUUAACUUGGGAUAUUAUGAAAGUUUGUUUUGCAUAUCUUAUUGUUAUGUUUUAUAUCGUGUUAAAGACUGGAAAUCCUAAAUGACAUGUAUGUAUAUAUAGAUACCUAUACAUAUAUAUAUACAUACCUUUUUUUAACGACUGAAUCCGUUUUUAAAAUAAAAAUGUUAUUAGUAAAAUUAGUAAUCAAUUUUAUAUUAAUUACACAUUAAGAAUCAUCAUGAACUUCCUGAAAAUAAAACAUGGCUGUUUUAUUUUAUUACCAGGCAAAUGAAUUACUAUAUGGAGGUAGGAAGAUCACAGCAAUGGAGGCAUAUCAACAAGGACUGAUUUCUCAAGUAUUCUGGCCAACAUUAAUGAUGCAAGAAGUCAUUCCAAGAGCUCAAAACAUGGCAGCUUGCUCAGCAAAGGUUAAUCCUAUAAAUAUCAACCCGUUUUCUUCAUCCAUUAUGUACUGACUCAAGGUCGAUACAUUGAAUUUUAUAUAUGUAUAUAUUAUAUAUACAUGUUAACUUUGAAAAAAAAAUUGUUGAAGAAAUCCCUUUUCUAUUUAUUGACAGUUUAUGUUAAGGUUAUAAUAACUAACACUAUCCAUAUGUUAAUUUAACAGGCCCUUGAAGCAACUAAACUACUCGUACGCAGUCAUCAUCGAACUAAAAUGGAGCUCACCAAUGAAACAGAGUGCAAUCUGCUUUUUGAGCGAUGGACCUCUGCAGAUUGUCAACGAGCCAUUGAAGCCUAUCUGAGCAUUGAAAAAAACUGGACCUUCUAAAUGCUUUAAAAUAAAUGCUGCUAUUAUUUCAACAUCUAUUUUUUGAUGUGGAUCUUACUUGAUAGGCUUAUUUAUAUGAUCAUUGACAAUUUCAACUGUUAUCGCUAUUUUGGGAGUUCACAUUUUUUUUGUUUAGUAAGUUAAUAGAUCUUGUUUGAAUGAACUGUAACAUGCUUUUAUUUCUUGGAUAAUUUAACUGGUAUGCUCUGCAGUGAGGAAUGGCC